CCGCACCCCCACUCGCCCUGGGGGUCGCGGGGCCUCGGGAAGGGGCGGGUUCUUUGGAUCUGACAGCCGGAGCCGCCCAGGAAUUUUGGCGUGGACUUGGAGCAUUUCCUCCCUCCAGGCGCCCGGCCGGGAGACGCGAUCCGGGGAAGGGAGGGAAGGGCGCCACGGACCCGGCACGGACAGACAGACCGCACCAUGUGGCCGCUGCUCUGCGCCCUGGCCGGGCUCACCCUGCUCCGCGCCGGGAGAGUCGUGGCCGCUCCUGAGCCCCUCAGCCCCUCCCAAGGAGACCCAGCUUGGAACUCUGGCUGUGACAAGCACAUGGCUGCCCAAGGCCGGCUAGACAUCAUGGAAGAGACCAUACAGAAGACAGUGGAACACCUGGAGGCAGAAGUCCAAGGCCUGCUGGGUCUGCUGGAGGAACUGGCCUGGAACCUGCCCCCCGGGCCCUUCAGUGCCAGCCCCAAUCUCCUGGGAGAUGAUCACUUCUGAGCACCUGCAGUGGGAGGAAAUAAACCAGCAGACACCACCCACCUGGAAGCCAAGCCACCUUUUCUCAGCUUCCUUCUCCUUUUCUUGAGAAAUAAAAGUUACUACUUCGACUGGA